AUGUCACUGGUUAGAAACUCAAACGUUGCUGUGAUAGGUGGUGGUAUAUCUGGUCUUUCAUUCGUUUAUUUCCUUUCAAAACUAAGACCAGAUUUGAACUUUACAAUAUUUGAAAGAUCUUCAAGAUUUGGUGGUUAUAUUAAUACAGAGUUACAUAAUUUCAAUGGUGAAAAGAUUAAAUUGGAAAAAGGUCCAAGAACUUUAAGAGGUGCAAGUGAUGGAACCACUAUAAUGAUUGAUACUUUAAUUAAAAUGGGUCAUAAAGAUGUUAUAAAUGUUAUACCUUCAAAUUCAAUUGCAAAUAAAAAAUAUUUAUUAAGUCCUGAAAAUGAAUUAAUUCAAGUACCAAAUAGUUUACCAUCAACUUAUAAUUUCCUUAGAUCUUCAUUGGGGAAAGGUUUAUUACCAGGUUUCCUUACUGAAAUAUUUAAACCUCAAAAAUUAAAUAAAAAAGAUGAAAGUGUUGAAUCAUUUCUUACAAGAAGAUUUGGGAAAUCUUUACCCAAUAAUAUCAUGUCUGCUGUAUUUAAUGGAAUUUAUGCUGCUGAUAUAUCCAAACUUAGUGCCAAAACAACUUUAAAAUCAAUGUAUGAAUCUGAAUUACAACAUGGUUCAAUUGUUAAAUCAAUGUUAUUAAAAUCAUUAAAGUUCCAAAAUAAAAAUGAUGAUUCUAAAAAAAUUGAAAUUUCCAAUGUAUUAAAAGAUUAUGAAACUGCAUUUCCAAAUUCAAAUUAUAAAAUUUCAGAUUUAAAAUCAUUAUUAACAAAAUUCCCAAUGAUUGUAUUAUCAAAAGGUCUUGAAACUUUCCCAAGUUUAAUUAAAGAAAAUUUAUCUAAAAAUUCUAAAAUAAAAUUCAUCCAUAAUGAUCCUAUAAUAUCUUUAACAAAAAAUCAAAAUAAAUUAAUCACAUUAACAACAUCAUCUGGUCAUUCUACAGAGUUUCAUCAUGUUAGAUCCACGGUUAAUGCUUCAACAUUUGCUGAAUUCUUACAAAAUGGGAAAUUAAUGACUACAGGGAAAGAAGAUUCACCAACUGCUUUAAUAGCUCAAGAAUUAAAAUUUAUAAAUAUUUUUUUGGUUAAUCUUUAUAUAAAUUCAAAUGUUUUAAAAAAUCAUGGAUUUGGUUAUUUAAUCCCAAAAUCAAAUAAAAAUAAUGAAAGAGUUCUUGGUGUUAUUUUUGAUUCUGAUAUUGAAAAAUCAUCAUCUAAAUUAUUCACCGAGGAUACUUUCAAAGCAUUAACAUCAACAAAUGAAACUUCAGAAAAGCCAAAAUUCCCAGAAAUUGAACCUCAUUAUGAUUCAGAAUCUCAAUAUACAAAAUUAACUAUAAUGAUGGGUGGUCAUUAUUGGACAAAUCACAAGAUACCAUCAAGAGAAACUUCAAUAAGAGCAGCUAAAGAUGCAUUAGAAAAUCAAUUAGGUUUAGAUUUUACUAAAUUAUCUCAAGAUACAGAUUUUUAUAUUGAUUCUUUAUUAAUUCCAAAUUGUUUACCACAAUUUCAUACAGGUUAUGAUGAAUUAAAAUUUAAAUUUUUAGAAAGUGUUAAAAAUGAAUUUGGUGAAAGAUUAAGUAUUGGUGGUAUGAGUUUUGGUGAUGGGGCUGGUGUACCAGAUUGUGUUCAAAAUGCAAUGAAAAGUGCAUUGAAAUUAUCAAAAUGA